UAUGGGCAUAAAUAGUGUAAUAGAGCUGCCAUUUAUUGAUCAUUUUGUUUCCUGAGCAGCACAUAAUAUCUACACCUCACUGUUGUCAUGCGUUGUAAGGGCUGAGUAAUUGAAAUACAUAUCUCUACCCUGAAUAAUUAGGAUGCCCGGGGAACCUUCAUAAUUAAAUAUUUUUAUAAUCAUCACUGGUAAGUUGUUGCGGUCACACAUUUUUAGAAACAUUUUGUUUAGCAGUACAUCAAACAGUGGCACUUUUAAUAAGCAUUUGCUCUUUGAUUCCGCGGGUGGGUUGCAAUUUUACGCACCACUUUUUGCACUUACAGUGACCAUGGGUCAGAUAAAAUAGACAUUUUAGCUGUACACCUGUGCUUUCUGCUGGAGCCAUAUAAACUUUCUUUAUAUGGUAAAUCUGCACACCAUCUUAGCUGUUUGGUCGUUGUUCAAGGUCUUAAUAUGAAGCGUUUGCUGUUUUACAAAUACUUACAAAGGCAUGAUCAGCUUGGGGCCACGGGAGUCUUUGUCAAAUGACUGGCUGGCAGUAUCUAAUUGCUCUGAGCUCCUCAUUUUAUUCCUGUAUGUUCUGCCGUCCUCGUAAUUGGUGAUAGAAGACAGUCUUCAUUUGACCAAACCUGAAGCUGGCUCUCACACCAUUCCAUAUUUUGGUUCUUUCCAAGCACUUGCACACCAGACCAGUAACCCAAAAGCUCUAUAUUUGGCAAACAGAAUUAGACAUGCCAAAAACACACAUUGGGCUUAUGAACUAGACGGUCAGCUGUUGAAAACCCAAUGCCAGCCACACUGCUGUUCAUCCCUUGCCUUUCCAAAACAGAUCCAAACAGGCCAGCAUGGAUUCCCAGGCAGAGAUCUAUCUUGAGAAGCAACACUUGAGAACACACUUGUCCUUCUGCAUGGAGAUGAUAAGGGAGGAUGAGGCGAAGACUGUUUGUGAGGAGGAUGUCGUCAGUGACGGCUGCUGCUGCGUAACGGGGGCCGAAUGCGCUCCCUUGAAGGACGUGGUUGUGGCAAGUCCUAGCAACACCACUUUUAGAAUAUGUAAUUUUAGCCAUGAGAAGAUGAAGGACAACCUAGCAAUACGGAAUCUGAAACAUGACAAGUAUAUCAGGCGUUCCGGCAACGAGGCCUCCAUGGAUCCUUCUUCUGUCAUUAAAUCAGCAAGCAUAACAAUUUUCUACUACAAGACAACCCUUAUUGAGGAGCCCUUCCGCGGGAUCCCGGUGGUGCUUAAUUUCACCAACACUGACUCCUUCCUGCGCUGCCAGAAGAGCGGUGACCGGGUGUCUGUCAGCGUCGAGGUACAGCGCCAUCAUUUACGCGGGAAGUUUGAAAAGCAAAGGCUGCAGCGUUUCUCCAGCCGGGACGAAGACGCCUUCUCCUUUGUCUUCUACAUGAUGGCCGCCCGGGACAGUGCGCGUCGUUUCGAGUCUGCGGUUCACGGCGGCUGGUUUAUGAAGGCGGUCGAUGAGAUCGUAGGCAUGGGCCCCCUGUCCCCGGAGAGCGAGUCCUCCUAUUUUAUAUUUCAUGAGCAGUGAAGCCAGUCCUCCUCUCCAUAAAGUUGCUUAAUACCUUUAAAAUGUGCGCUUGGCAAAUCGUAUUUGCGUCUUUAUAAUGGUGUUUCAGUGAUCUGCUCCGUCUAUUUAUUAUUAAACUAUAUAUUAAUUCUAUCUUUUGGACAACUGCCAUUGACGUAUUUUAUACAGACAUUUUAAACGCAUUUCAAUUCUUAUGUCAUAUAUUAUUUCACGCUGAAAUGAUUCUUGUUUUAAAAAAUAAAUACAUUUCAAAAGUGCAAACAUGCCCAGCUAAAUGCCUACCCUAUCGAUGCUGUACCAUUAUAACAGAAGUUAUAAGGAGGCGGGUAACGGGGUGGCGUGGUGCUCAGAGAGUAGCAUUGUUACGUCACACCUCCAAGUUUGGGGGUUCAGGAUCCUACCUGUGUUCCGAGUUGUGUGAGUUUCUUCCUGUAGUCCAAAGAUAUGCACUCUGAUGAAGUGUGUGUAUGUGUGUUGUAAUGAGGGCAGGCUUUAUCUAUCGGAAGUUGCCUAGGGCCCCUGGUAAGGCAGUCGGAUCCGGCUGUUAUAAAGUGCAAUCUCAUCCAGCCUGGCACAGACUUCCUGUGACCCCAAUCAGUGUCAGGGGUUAGAAGACAAAUGGAAAGGCCACAUUAGGGAAAAGGGGGAUAUCCUUGCCCCUCUUUCCACUGAGAGUUUUCAAGGAACUUGUCCAAUAUGUCAAGCAGAGAAAAACUGUGAGCAGUAUCUUUAUGUGGUUGAUAUUGGUCCUGUACCUGGAAGAUUAUCAAAGGUCAUUUCGUAGAAUGUCGGAAUUAAAGUUGCCUGCAUGCCAGUGACAGUGGUUGUCUGGUCUAUCACCAGCCAUAAUGAUGUUACACUGUGAAUGUGUGUAAGCAUGACUCUCGGACAUUACCAGCACUGGCCUACUGAGUCAUGAAAGAGAAACCCAUGCCAACAAAAAGGUUUUAUACAUUAUCCCUAAAUACUGACCUCGGCACGUUUAUAUUCCAAUUACAUACCACGUGUAAACUUUUACAGAGCGACACUCAGCCAUGUCGUCUGCAUUGAUCCAUUUCCCCUUACAGCAGCAGAAAAUGGCAGUGAAUGUCUAACAGCCAGUUAAUACUUAACCAGAGGACAAAGCUACAGACAUGACUGAAUCCAACACUGCACUUCUAGUUUCACACAAGGUUGCUGGGUCAAAUCCCAUAAGAACUCUUGCUGCCAUACCCAUGAGUGAGACCCUAAAUUUAAGUGACUGGGGCAAAACUGUAUGUGUAGCUGGUAAUUUCUGCUGUGGAUAAACAUGCUGGUCACGCCAAGUAUAAUCACCAUGCUUUUUUUUAAAAAAAUUGCUUGUUCACUUUUGUUUAUUAUUACUAUUUAUUUUCACGCUGAUUCAGUGACGACCUUCUCAGACUCAUUCUGGAUGCUGCAUGAUUCCCGUCAUGUGCUUCUACUGAAAUAUUUCUUUUUGCAGCUUCAAAAGAACUCGACAUGCCAGUAGAUCACUGUGUAUUCAGUCGAUUUAUGUGUGAGUCCUGUGAAUUAGUUACAUGUCUGAUGGUAACUCCUUCUUAUCCAUGUUCUGUGUGCAGAGCCCCGGAGAUCGACAUACCAUGGAAAUUUUCCACAUGUAAAUAAACGACUUCUGUCAGCAAAA